AUGUCUGCCCUUCUGGAGUUCCUGGACUGGUUUUGGCCGGACAUGGGUUGGGAGCACCACAAGCAGGCCAUCGUGCUCUCCAAGCGGCUGCUGCAGCCCAGGAGCCCCAACACAUAUCCGGACCUGCAGAUAGACCCGCAGCUCAGAGCAGCCUGGCACUCCUUCACCUACUGCUUCUGGCACGGAACAAGACACUUGCCGGCGGCGCCGCCACCGCCCGGCGAUCCCCCGGCCGCGCUCUACGCCUCCGCGCGCGAGUGGUUGACCAAGCUGGUGGGCGACCGGGGAUUUGAGGCAGAGGGCCACAUUAUUUCUUCACUCCAGUCCUGGAUUCAGGCCAUGCAGCCGAGGCUCCAAGAGGCCUUUCCCAACGUGGACUGGUCGCGGUGGCCUGAUGUGGCGUGGCCGGACGUGGAGUGCGCAUGUCGUACCGUGGAGAAGCGUGGCGCCAUAAAGCGGCAGCAGGAGGAGGACUACGCGGUGCGGUGGCCGCUGCGGGUCACGCAGGGCCGACCAAAGUUCAACCACUUGAAAGUGGAGGCGCGCGACGGUUUCGGCGUGGGCAUUCCGCCCGUGAAGAGCCCUCCCGCGCUGGGGUUCUUGGCCGUGUCCGACGUGAUGUGCGCCUUCAAGCAGGCCACGCAGCACUGGCCCUCUGCUCAGCCGGCCAGCUCCACCUACCUGGCGCAGCAGGACGUGGUGCAGAGCUUCGUGCAGAACGUGCUGCGGGAGACGCGGGGGCCGCUAGCGCCAGGCAUCGCACACGAAAAAUACAGAUACCUGGGCUUCGUGGCUUGCUGCGUGCUAGGAUGGAACAGCGCCCUGCCUCACCUGUCGGCCUUGGUACAGAGUACCGCAGCUUGGGGUGCGCAGCGAUUGGUGUUCCCGAAUACGCUGCCUGCCGUGCAGGGCCCGGGUCCCUUGCCAGGCCUGCCCGGCAGCGUCCCACAUCCACUCAGCUUGGGCCUGCCGGCAGGGCCAGGGCCCGUGGCCGGAGGUCUAACGCUGCAGGAGCACCUCGCGACGCGCACUCGACCGAGCCCGUUCACGGCCGGUGGCGGUAAUGGCACUGCACAUUCAUCCUCGAAUGGGAUUGGCUUGGAGAGAAGCCAGUCGCUGCUGUGUCAAGGGGUACCCUCGCCGCAGACCCUACAUAUACAUCAGCCCCAGCCGGGCGUGCCGUUCUUGCAGAGCCACGGCGCCGAUCCGGCCGCCGCCAGCCCAUACGGCCUGUAUGGGAUGUUCGGAACCCCGCAGCCGGCUGUGCUUGAGCCGCCGCCGGCCCAGCAAGGACUGCCGUUCCAGCUCCAUACGCAACCCCACCAGGCCAUGUUGGAUCCGAUCUGGAACACACUGCUCGAUAUAGCGGCGGCCGGUGACGGCGGCGGCGCCGGGUCCUCCCUGGCACCCAGCGGCGCCGGUGACGCGCCGCCGCCGCUUCCUCAGAGCGUCCUGUUGCCGCAGCCCCUGCCGCUAGCACUCCCUGACGCCACAGUUCCCCCAUCGGCGUCGGCGUCGCUGCCGCAACCGCCCCCUGCGCCGCAGCUGCUACAGCUUCCUAACUGCGGAGGCAUAGAAAGCACUCGUCUGAUCAGGCUGGACCAUGCAGGCGCUUACCCGCUGGAAUCAGGCGAAUCGACACCCGUCAGUGACAGCGACGACCGAAGCGCACCCGUCGGUAGCGCCAGCACAAGCGGACCGCUCGGGGACGGAGCAUAUGCAAUUGAAUCGCACCCUCUGGCCGCGGCCGGGCCCCUUGCAAUGGCGGAUGCGGAAGCCGCUGCGGCGGAACGGGGGGGGCCAGCAGCGGCUUUGCCACUGGCGAGGCGUUCGGUUGGGGAAGACAUCGCGACAGUGGGGGAGGCGGCCAUGAUGGGGGCUCGGCGGUCAGUGGGCGCGGAUACGUCUGUGGGCCCAUCGGUGGGGGUGACAGUGAGUGACACUGUCGGACGGCAAGGGAGUCGGCGCACGAGACAGGACGUGGCAGCGGCGGAUCUGGGCAUUCAGCCGGCACCAGGAUCCUUGGUGGAGCGUUGCUCCAAGCGGCCGAACGCGCAGGUUUCGGCCAGCGACCAGAGCACCUCUUUAGCAGCUAACGGGGCCGAGCCCGACGUUGCGCAGAAGCGGUCCGACCAACUUCUCCUGCCGCAGCAAACGGACGCUUGUAUGGACCUGGAGUUGGAUCGGGGGCCACCGAUGAGCCGCGGGUCGGUCAGGGUCGGGACAAGCGAGGCCGACGAGCAGGAGAUGGACUUCCGCCAGGCGCGUGCCCUGCGAGCGACGCUGGGCCGGAAGCUGCUACGGCUGCUGCGCGGCUAUGUGGAGCCCGCGCCUCUUUCCGGCGGCAGCGGCUCGGACAGCGCUGCGGCGACUGCGGAGGUACACCGCCGCGCCGAGGAGCUGUUGGAGCGUGGCGCGCCCGUGGACGCGACUGAGGACGCUGAGGAGGCGGCUGCUGUGGCGACCACUGCGGCGGGCGCUGUGGCAUCUGCCGACGCGGCGCCUCCAGAUUCCGGAUCCGGAUCCGGGGCUUGCUCCGGCACCUCUGGCUACACUGCCUUGCACUGGGCCUGUCUCCGUGGUGAUGUGGCCCUAGCGGAGCUGCUCAUCCGGCACGGGGCCGACCCGGACUGCCGCGACGCCGCCGGCACUCCCGCCCGGCUGGUGAACCCGGCCUUCACAGCCACGGUGACGGAGGUCACCGCACGAUGCGGGACGCGGGAAUGCGGGCCCGAUCCGAGACCUGCAGCGAACACGUUUCUUUGGCGGCAUGUGGCACUCGGGCCAGGAGAGGCCGGGGCCGACGUCGCAGGCAGUCCGGGGACUCGCUCCCUGUUGCUGGCGAUAAAGCAGGAGGACGGGGCUUGCUGCACAUACGGCCGGCCGAUACCGUACAUCCAACAGCAGUUUAAACAGUUAUUGGAACUGCUGGGAUUUAAGGGCGAACAGUUGCAGGUAUUGAUGGAUGGGCUAGGGGAGGCCGUGCGGCUACGUGACGGGCAGCAGCAGCACGGCGUGCCUCAUAUGGGCCUUGUGUCCGGCAGGGGACCCUCGGGGCAGUGCUUGCAACCACCACGGACUGAGGGCGUGCGGGGACCGCUGCCUCAUUCGUCGCCGCCGCCGGCGGCACCGCCACCGCUGAGGGUUUGCAUGCGCGCCGUGGGAAGCUGUAGCGCUGCGCAGCUUCGUAACAUCAUUUUGGAGCGUUACAGCCAGCCGGGGGUGGCGAAGCGAUUGGCGGGUGCUACGACAGGCCACGGUGGCGGCGAUGGCAGCUACCUGGCUUCGGGCUGGACGCUGUGCGUGAACUACUCCGCCCAACAGCUAGCGCUGCGGCGGCGACCCAGCGGUCAACAGCUGCUCGCUGCCGCCUGGCGGGAGUGCGCCGACAGAGGGGACGGCUCCGUGCCGUGCUACCUAGACGCCGUCCGCCUGUACAUUGCAGACGGGUCGGGCCGCGUGCUGCGGCCUUUCCUCGUAAGCGAUGCAGCAACGACCACAGGCGCGGCCUCGAGUGCUACAGUCCCCACGUCCGUGGCGGCAUCCGCCUCAGCCGCUGUGACAUUACAUGACCCGCAGGUACUUCAGGAUGACCGACAUAAGCGGCUUCAGCCGCCUAGUGAUUGCCAGCACCGGCAUCUGCAGCUGCAGCUGCAGCAUGAGCCGCCAGCGGUGUCAUCCGACGCGGACCUUGUUGCGGGUGUUCGGGGCUCCUCGACUGAGGCGCUCAAAGGUCACCUGCGGGAGCUGCUGCGCCAGGCCGAUGAUGUGGCGGGGCAGCUGGCGGCGAGCGACCCGACGGCGGCGCCGGCUGUGGUGCUGCGGCUGCUACGGGACACGCGUGUUCUGUACCAGUGCGCGGCUUUGGGCGCGGGGCGCGAGACUGGCAGCCGGCGGGACGCCGGGGAUGCGGCUGCAGGUGGCGGUUAA